AAUAAACUGCAGAAGAAGGAAGAAGAAGAAGGAGGAGGAGGAAGAAGGGAGACACCCCGGCCUGUAGUAGUAAGCAGCCAUCGGCCUUUUGUUAGAUUUAAGGGAUGCUGCACACAAAUGGUCACGGUAUUUGGAAAUGUGCUUGAUUGUUAUGGUGCUAAUACAACAUGGGAAACCAGAGGCGUGAACAUGCAUCUUGGAUAUGAUUUAACGCAGUGUGUUGACUGAGCAUACUGGUUGUCACAUGAAGACCAAUUUUUCUGUGUCUGGAUAGAGAUUUAGUCUUGCAUUCAGGCUGAAAAGUGAUGCCAUCAGUACACGGACAAAAUCGUUUCAUCAUGGAAAAGCAGAAAGCCAUGAAUACUGUCUCUUCAGCACAGGCAGGUGGGGAAUCAAGUACCUUCAUCUGCACCGAGUGUGGGGAUGGUUUCAGCCAGUACUCAAGUGUUUUGGCCCACAUGGCCAUGCAUGGACCUUUGGAGUCAUUUUCCUUUGAUGGCUCAUCCAACGGAUUUGAAGUCCCUCGGGAAUAUGUGCUUCAAGAAAAUGGAACACUAACAGUUUUGAAUGGAUUGGCUCAGUCACACUCUUUAAAUUCUUCACAUUCCUCUGUAAAACCAGGAACUCCUGGAGCACUACCAUCACACUUUUCAUCCCCUGUCAAGCCAGUGUCUCCAACUACAAAGCCGCAGUCUUCUCCUUGCAAAGACAUGUUCAGGCCAAGACCACCUGACUCAGUCUUGGAUACGUCUCGGCAGGGCCAUUACCGCUGUGAAAUAUGUAACAGAUCAUUUACCAGCUUGCAAAGUUUACAUCGUCACCAGCAAUAUCGAAAUACAGAGAGAGGUUACAAGUGUACUUUGUGCUGUAAGAUUUUUGAAGAUAGACAGGACCUUAAGAAACAUCUCCAAAGCCACAUCAGUGAGAAAUUUCACUGGUGUGGUUAUUGUGGUAAGAGAUUCCUAAAAGUGGAUGCUCUGAAUGUUCAUCAAAAAGAAACUCACUCCUUGGGCAAACCAGAGAAUAAGCUGGAAAAAAAGUUGGAGAAAUCAUAUACUUGUAAGAAGUGCAAACUGAGCUUCUUCUGGAUGUCAGAUUUCCAGACACAUUCAAUGUAUCAGUGCAAGGGGAAAGAACUUGACUCUGUCUUUGCAUCCGAAAUUGAAAUUGAAGUGAAUUCUAAGAUCCACGAUGAUACACAACUUAUAAACUGCCACAGCAAUGGCAUAUCUUAUAUUAAAAACGGAGAGAGUAAGCUUUCCAGGGAUACUAGCAGUAAGAUUGAGACUGAACCCACUUUCACACCAUAUAGAUGUGGUUUAUGUGGAGAUCGUUUUGAUAAGUUAGCAGCUCUUAAGGAGCAUCAUGUCACACAUCAAACUCAGGAAGAAAUAGAUAAGCUGAAUCAAGAAUCCCAAAAACCAUUUAAGCGAAGAGUGCAGCCUAAAAACAGGCGGAGAAGAGGUAGCAAUCCAAAUGGAAAGCUUCAUCCUUGCAAACACUGUCAUCGAGUUUUUAAUCAUUCUAGUAGUUUAUCUCGGCACAUGAGAUAUCAUAAAGGUACAAUGCACACUUGUGUGUUUUGCGGUAGACAUUUUCCCCAGCGCUGUGAUUUGAGAAGACAUGUAGCCAUGUACCACAAAACAGAACUGGAAAAGAAACCAGGUCUGAAACACUUGUACACAACUCCACAAAAUGGGCCUACCUCAAAUUCUGUUGAUCAGAAAACCACAAGCAUUCCUGAUGACAACACUAAGGGCUCUUCUGACAGUGAGCUGACAUCUGCAGAUCAAAGUCCAAAAGAGAAACAGUCAGGAAAAGCAGUCAGGGUGAACUACAAGUGUCAGGAGUGUGGAAAGCGAUUUGGAUUGCUGUGUGUGUACCAAAGACAUUUGCGCUAUCACAAGAAAGAGCCAAAUAAGUGUCCCCAAUGUCCAGCUCAGUUUAAGAACUCUUCGUCCCUUGAGCUUCAUCUUCAAAAUCACCCAAGCACUGAGCAAGCUGAUGAUGAUGAUAAUAUUGGACAAUCCUCUUGUGCCACUGCUACCAGUGCAGACCAGACUGUUAAAAAAAGUAAUGCAGAGGAUGUCGAGGAUGAGUAUGUGGACCAUAAACAAAAUGAGAAAGGAAAUUCUUCAGAAGUUCUUUAUGAAUGCACUGAGUGCACUGAGACAUUCUCAUGCUUGGAAACAUUUCUUCAGCAUCAGACUUCUCAUGGCCUAGAAAACAAUGACUGAGAACCAGGAAAUAAGACAUGGAUGUAGAUUAUACAAAUGGCUUUUGUAAGGAUAUGGACAGUCAUGAAUAACAUGCAAAGUUAAUCCCAAUAUUAUCCUGCAAGCUAUGGUUGCAUUUGAGUUGGAGGUCCUAAUGGCUGACUAGCAAGGGGUAAAUAUGUUGCUUUUCAUUGUAUUUUUAGUGACUAACAUCUUGCUGUAAAUCAUUGUGCUGCAUUUUACAUGUUUUAAUUCCAAUUAUGUGAUUUGAGUCCUUUUUUAUUGUAUGCAUAUAGUCAUUUUGAAAGUAUAGCAUUGUCACCUAUUAGAUUGUGUCAUUAAAAACUGUAGAUAAAUUACAUGUUUUCAAUCUUGGUUUAAUUUCGUUCUUUUUGUGUCGCCUGUAGGAAAACCUAA